AACCAUGUCCCCAAACGACAAUGACAACGACGGCCUCCCAGGAGUCUUCACAGACACCACACCCGGCCCAGCCCCCAACGGUCUCGGCCAAGGCCUCUUCGCUACCAAAGCCAUCCCCGCCGGCGGGGACGUCCUGAAUAUCAAGACACCCUUCGUUGCGGUGCUAGAUACAGAGCGGCUGGGGGAUACGUGCUCUGGGUGUUUUGGGAGGAGAUAUUUCGGUGGUGAUGAUGUCUCGUUGAGGGCUUGCACGGGGUGUCGGGUUUUGAGGUAUUGCGAUAGGACAUGCCAAUCCAAAGACUGGAAACUCGCGCACUCCCUCGAAUGUCCAACCUUCAAGAAACUAAACCCCCGCGUGCUGCCCAACAACGCCCGCGCUGUCCUCCGUAUCGUCCAGCGCGUCCAGCGCGGGAGGUACACUCCCGCGGAACUGGGCCGCUUCGCGCAGCUGGAGACGCACGAGGCGGCGAUCAGGGCGGAGAAUCCGCGGCAGUGGGAGCGUAUUUCGCUGUCUGCGAAGGCUGUGAGUGCUUAUUCUGGGGGUGAGAUGGACGAGGGGGAGAUUUGUGAGGCUGGUGCCAAGCUCGACCUAAACUCCUUCAACCUAACAAACGCCCAAUACGACCGCAUAGGCCUCUACCUGCACCCCUACGCAGCGCUCAUCAACCACAGCUGCGCCUACAACGCAGUAGCAGGCUUCGACGGCGCCGAGCUCUUCGUCAAAGCCGUGCGCCCCAUCGCCAAGGGGGAACAGGUCUUUAUCUCCUACGUCGACACGACGAACCCGACCCAGCUGCGCAGGCAGGAGCUUCGCGAGCGGUAUUUCUUUGACUGUGCUUGUUCGAAGUGCUCCGCCUCUACCGAUGAAGACGACCACCAGGAGCAGCAAAUCAUCGAGGCGUUCAAACUACUUCAUUCUAUCCCGGCUAGUACUGCCGCCGACGAUGAAGGUCCCGUUCAGAGAGUCGAAAGACUACAGUCCGCACUGCGCUCUGUUAACGCAUCCACGCCAUGCCCUAUAACCAGCCAGCCUAUCGUCGCGCUUCGGGAUGAAUUGAUAGCCUCGCUGCUCCCGGCAGGGAUGUUCUACUCUGCGUUUGCGCACGCGGCUGUGCGCUACGUGCGCGUUGAUCCCGUCGUGUACCCGUUUGUGGGGCAUCCUAUCCGGGCGGUUCAUGCUUGGGCGCUGGCGAAGUUGGCGAUUCAUUUGUCGCAGGGUGGGGAGGGUGGAGUUGAGGGUGAGGGUGAGAUGGAGGUGCGGGCGGCUGUUGAGAGGCUGGGGUUGAAUCUUGGGUUGGUUAUUUGGUCGGUGCUGAGGGGGCUUGUUGUCGGGGAGGGUGCUGCUUGUGCGGUGCCUGGGUUUAGGGGGGUGGUUGGGAGCGCGUUCGGGGAGGUGCAGGGGGAGUUUGUGAGGAAUGGGAUUGAGCCUGGGAGGAUGGGGGUGGAGAUUGGGAGGGAGUGGGAGAAGGUGGGGAGGUUGGUUGGGGGUGUUAUUGAGGGGGAGGGGGGGUAG